AUGGUGACGCGGACAUGGCUUGUCAAUUUUUGGGAGAUGAAUGUUUCUCUCAUCCUCUCAAUAACAUCUUUCGCAUUUUUAAAAAUCAUAAAUUUAUGGAAUUUCAUAUGGAUUCAGCUUCCUGCCGCGAAUAGGAGGUUAUUUGAAGACAUUCCAGUACAACAACAAUGUGCAGUUCGACUUGCUUACUGUAAAGGUACUGUACACAACUAUCCUCAAACAACUUCUCUCAACGGAGGUGGCCAUUUUGUGCCGACAGAUCGACCUGGACCGGCUCUACAGAUGAUCUACAACUUCGUUAAUAAACUUGACUAUAACACUAACCUCACCCUCAGCCUGAAUCGUCAACCGCUUCUUCAAGCGUACGCACCAGCUGUUGUUACAAGUAAAAAUUUGUUCAUCUACUGGGUGAUUGUGAGAACCUCAAAUUUUUGUACUGUUCUUCGUUAUUGUAAGGCUAAUCUCAACUAUUUUUUCACAAUAUUUUGUUCAGCACCACGGGUAGAAGCGGAUAGGACCGAUCCCCUUGUCCUGUGGCUAACCGGCGGACCGGGUUGUUCCUCAUUGGGAGCACUUCUCACUGAAAAUGGUCCAUUCCAUCCGAAUCCGGAUGGAAGCACACUUUUUGAGAAUGUUUACUCGUGGAAUAAGACAGCUAACGACGUCUAUCUGGCUCUAAAAGAUUUCUUCACUGUCUACCCUGGCUUUACUGCCAAUCAAUUCUUUGUCACCGGUGAAUCGUACGCUGGUGUGUAUGUGCCGACUCUUACUCUCCUUCUCAUUCAGGAAAUUCAGGCUGGGAAUAUCAAGCUAAAUCUAGCAGGAAUGGCGGUUGGAAACGGAAUGAUCAGCACAAUACAAGAUGUGAGUUUAUCACCUUGCCAUGACAUCUGCGGCAAUAUCUUUCCGAAAAACUUCACGAAUCCAUCCGAUCAAAAUUGCGCUAACAUGGUAGUGGAUUUAGCCUUCACUAGAGUGUGGAAUACGGAGAACUACAUAUACAAUCUCUACCAAGAUUGCUAUACGCAAACAACUGCCAUGUUCGGUUCGGCCGUGGAAAUGAGAAGCGCAGUUCAUCACGAUGGUCCAAGUCAUUACACAAGUAGUUUCGCUGAACAAAUGGCGAUUACGCAGUUUAAAGUGCGUAGAAUGAAGGAGAAGUUGUCAGGCCUCGCUCAGACAGCCUCAACACUUGAUCCUAAAUCAACGGACAAUUUCAAUGGCUUCCAAUGUUAUAUGGUUGACGCUGCUACACGAUAUCUAUCCCAAACACAUGUGCGACAGGCAUUGCACGUACCCGACUACGUUCAAUCGUGGGACUUUUGCAGAAAAAGCAUCCGUUUUAGUGAUGUCGUCGGAAACAAUUAUAAUCUGCAAUAUAAUGACACAACGCCUGUUUUUCAGGGUAUUUUAGAUAGUGGAUAUAAUCUGAGCCAUAGAGGUCCAUGGACCUACGCUCAACAAAUAGCCGGCUAUGCAAAACGUUUCCAGAACAGCAACCUUACCAUUGAUUUGCUCACAGUAAAGGUCACUCUAAUUCUUUCUUUUUUCCAAUUUACAACAUGCAGUUCACUCAUUCAGGGUGCCGGACAUUUCGUACCAACCGAUCGCCCUGGCCCGGCACUGCAAAUGAUCUCAAACUUUUUCGCGGGCCACAGUAACUACAACAAUCCGGUUCCAUUUGACCUUACGCGCAAACCGCUCUUGAAUCAGUAUAAGGUACAGUUGUCAUAA